AUGUCGAGCGGCACACAAUCAGACAACCCCGGCGAUACCAUGCGUCUGGCCGUGGAGCGCUUUCGCAUCAAAAUGGAGUCCGCGAAUCGGCAAUUCAUUCAAGACCGCGUCGAUGAGAUCGAAGCUAUGCAUGAAGCUUGUUGCACAUAUCUGCCGUCGACAUUAGCAUCUACAUUUUACGCUAUCGAUGUUCCUGCCCAGCUGGCGGUGAUGUGUUGUGCCGAGUUCAGCGAAUGUCUCAUCAGUCGAAGUUGA